UUGCACGCGGAAGCGAACCGACCGUUCGCGCGUCUCUGCCUGCAGCUCUGCGUUCCCGCGCGAUCAUACCCGCCCACAGUCCCUACCUCACGAUGCCUCCCAACGACACGGAAAUUAUCGAUCUCACGAAUUCCAGUCCUCUUCAAAACCACAUUAUCGAGCUGGAUUCCGAUGGAGAUGUCAUCAACGACGAUGCGAAGACACCCGCGGCCAACGGCAAGGCAGGGAACCGCAGACGCAGGAAGGCUCGCAAACGGAAAACGAAAGUGGUAGAGGAAGGCGAGGUUACGCACAGCUCUGUAGAGCCGUCGAGAGAGCAGACUCCUGAGAGGGAGAACGGAGCGAGUGGCAGGAACGGCGGGUCUGGUACGUCCAAAAAUGCAGGUGCAGGCGCGAAGACUGUCGGGGCCAAGUCUCUCUUCGAUCGGCUCGCGAGCCCUGGGGCCGGAAGCUCUGGGGCUCGAAACCGAUAUGAGCGAGACGAAGAGGGCCCCAAAGAGAAGGACAGGCGGAAGAAGCGGAGAGACCGUCAAUCCUCCCCUCUCGAGCGCGGCGGCAGGCGGCGGUCGCGUUCUCCAGACCGACUACGACACCCAAGAGACACGCGACCCUCUACCCGAGACGGCAGGACGCGUCCGAAUGGUAAAGACGAUAGGCGUCGUGCACGUACCCCCGACCGAUCUGGCCGUGACAAGCAAGUGCAUGCAGGGGACAACAUCGCAGAUCUGUUCUUCGAGGAUGUGGUGCGAACAGAGGUCCUUGCUGUUGCACAGGUACACCAGAAAGACGAUCAACCUGCGGCAAAGUCUGAUGAACCUGCUGUGGCUCUGCUCCUCCCCGCGCACGUCAGUGUCUUCGAUCAAGACGGCGUUGAUACUGCACCGAUUGUCUCACCUCCCCCUUCUGACACCGAGGAUGAGAGCUACAUUGAGUAUAUGGAUUACGAUGAUGACCGCAGAGCUGGCAUGGUACGAUACUUUGAGGCCGCGGACGAGGAUGACAAACCCGCAAAACCCAAGACCUUUGUGUGUAAGAAUUGCGGGGCUGAAGGCGAUCAUCGGACGUACGAGUGCCCUAUAGUAAUUUGCUUAACUUGUGGCGCCCGAGACGAACAUUCAACACGGGGUUGCCCUAUCAGCAAGACAUGUUUCAAUUGUGGUAUGAAGGGGCACAUCAAUAAGACAUGUCCCAAUCGCUACAACGGCCGUGCAGGGCCCAGCCACUACGAUUGUGAUAGAUGUGGCUCCCGAGUGCACAACACGAACGAAUGUCCGACACUCUGGCGUCUGUAUGACUACGUCGACGACGCAGAGCGCCAAAACAUACUACAGGCCCGUGAGGAGAAACGUGUACUUGCGCUCGGCCAAGGCGGCGAAGGCUACAUCGCCACUGACGAAUGGUGCUACAAUUGCGGCCGCUCUGGGCACUUGGGCGAUGAAUGCCGCGAAGUACGGCAUGUUCCCGAUUUACCCCGCGAGCCCUCUGCCUUCAGCCUCUAUAACAUCUCUUCCGGGCCAUUCGCCGACAUCGACGCGCGUCCACCUACAAAAUCAAGUACUAAGCGUGCGCCACGAGACUGGGAGGUUGCCAACGCAUUCGCAGAUGGAUACGGCGCCGAGAUCCCCAUGGACGUGGGGAAGCAAGGGCGACGAAAGGAGCGCGCAAGAAUGGAACAACGCGCUCGAGAGUGGGAGGACCAGCGAGACGAUCCCGACGAUUGGUUCGGCGGCCAAAGAAAAGAAAAAGGCGGCAAGGACAGAGCGGGGAGAGACGCGCGGAAUGGUGGCAGCGGGGGCAAGAAGAUCGACAUCAGCUUUUCGGAUCCUUCGCGUCGUGACGAUGGCAGGAGGGGCAACGAGCGCGAGCGAGAUCGGCGGCCGCACGAUGAUCGCCUCCCUGGUCCCUCCCGCGAGACAGAUUCGAUCCAAAUUCGUGGCGCGGCACAACGUGACGAUGGUGGUGGGCGGUAUGCAAGCAUACGAUCGCCGACGCGGAUCAGGACUCUACGGAGACGAGACGACCGAGACGACCGAGGCCCCCGGUACAAGGGUAGCUAUGCUCGCUAAUUAGUCGUCAUCCUCUACAUGCUUUCGUCGCUUUCGUUGUUGAGCCCAUGUUUUGUAAUGCAUACGACCUGCAAGCCGCAAAGAACCCUUCAUCAGUAGUUGUACCUUCACAAAACACCACGAUCAGAUGUGAUACAUACCACCAAAACAGCGACGUAGACUUGUUACCGGACAUGUGCAUGAAGAGUGACGCUGUUCCC